AGUAGAAAAAUAUUGUCCAGUUCCUUUGAGUAAAAAAAGUUGUGCUCAUUCCAAAUGCAGCACACCUACUGUGUGUUUAGUGUCCUAACAUGGACACCGUGAACCUGAGCUUUGCCCUGAUGAAUCUUGAAACUUGAAACUCUGUGACUGGACUGGACCUCCGGUUUUGUGCUUUGUCGUCUGUCUAUUCAGGGUUAACUGCCUCGUCAGCCUUUCUCCAUCUGCCGCUGUGAAACACAAAAGACCGCCACCGGCUUUCUCUUCAACAAUACCGGGACAGAACAUGAGCAGUGACAUCACAGACACCGUUUAUUCACCCGAGACCAAAAGUAACUUUUUGCUUGAUUUUGCCUUUUGUCUUAUUAAACACCUUCCUCACAGUCUCCCCUGAUCAAGGGAUGAGGGUUGGGGAUGGACCUGUUGCCGUGGAAACGGACUCCUAUCCCGUCGUUGAGCUGAUGAGCAGAAAACGUGACGGAAAAAACGACUUCGAGCGGAGCAGCUGAGCAACUUUGAAUGUUUCUGGAGGCCUUUGAGUAUUUGUGGUGUUGCAGCUGAAUCCGAGAUGUCUGGGACCAAACCACCCUGUCAUGAGCUUCCGGACUCUGAUCCAGAGGACACAUCAGAGGAGCUGACAGAGAUGGUUUGUCUGGAGUCAGACCUGCGGGAUGGACAGAUGAUGGAGGUUGAAGUGAGACAUCACAGCGUGCUGUUGACACGCAGUGAGGGCAAAUACACUGCCAUUGGAAACCAGUGUACACACUACGGUGCCCCACUCAGCAAAGGGGUUAUUACAGGCCAAACAGUACGCUGCCCGUGGCACGGCGCCUGUUUCAAUGCCCUGACAGGAGAUCUGGAGGAGUACCCUGGCAUAGAUGGUUUACCCUGCCACAAGGUCAAAAUUCAAAACAGCAAAGUGUACGUGUCCAUAAACAAAAAGACUCUCUGGCAGAAAACAAGAAUAAAGAGGAUGGGAGCUGCAGUACCCGGAGUUACUCACACUAUUCUGCUGCUGGGAGGAGGAGCUGCGUCGCUGAUCUGUGCUGAGAUUCUACGGCAGGAAAACUUCGGCGGCAGAAUCAUCUUGGCCACCAGAGAUGAACUUUUACCUUAUGACAAAACCCGACUCAGCAAGGUAAUGAAUGUGGAGAGUGACACUAUUCUGCUGAGGAAGAGGGAGUUCUACCAUCAGUACGACAUUGAGGUGUGGCUCAGGAAAGAAGCCCUGUCAGUGGACACAAACAAGAAGACAGUCACAUUCGAUGAUGGUUCAGUCCAGAGCUACGAUCAGCUCCUCAUCUCAACGGGCUGCAGAGCAAAGCCUUUGGAUGUGCCCGGCAUGAAUUUGGACAAUGUCAAGAUGUUGGAGACGCCAGAGGACGCCCGGAAAAUCCAUGAAGCUUGUAUGGGAACCAACGUCGCCCUCGUGGGAACUUCUUUUGUUGGAAUGGAAAUUGCCUCUUAUUUGAUAGACAAAGCCUCCAGCAUCACAGUGAUCGGCAGCAGUGAGCUGCCAUACCAAAACACUCUGGGCAGUGAAAUUGGCAGAGCCAUAAUGAAGAUACUGUUAGAGAAAAACGUGAAAUUCCACAUGAGUGAUCAUGUGACAGAGAUCAAAGGUGUGGAUGGAAAGGUGAAGGAGGUCAUGCUUCGAAGUGGAAAAAUUGUCCCAGCAGAUAUUGUGGUUGUUGGUAUUGGCAGCAAACCUAACUCAGAGUUCCUGCGGGGCAGUAAAAUACAGAUGGACCCAAAAAACUUUGUAACAGUCGACAAGUACAUGCGCACCAAUGUCCCCGGUGUGUUCUGUGCAGGCGACGUGGCCACCUUCCCCUUGGCAAUGGCCAAAGACCGGAUGGUCAACAUUGGACACUGGCAGAUGGCACAAGCACAUGGGAGGAUUGCAGCUCUGAACAUGCUGCAGAAACAGACUGAACUCAACUCAGUCCCUUUUUACUGGACCAUCCUACUGGGUGCAACCAUUCGAUAUGCAGGCUGUGGGGAGGGGUACACUGACAUUGUAAUCAAAGGGAAGUUUGAGGACAUGAAGUUUCUGGCGUUGUACAUCAAGGAUGAUGAGGUCGUAGCGGCAGCUAGCCUAAACUUUGACCCAGCAGUGUCUGCGGUCGCUGAGCGGCUCGUGGCGGGAAAAGCAAUCACGAAGAAAGAGGCUGAAUCACAUGACCUGAGCUGGCUGAAGUUGUCCUGAUCUAUACUUUCCUCCACUCAUCCGCUCAGCACAUCACCUGUAUGAUGUCGACACACAGCCAGACAUCAGACAUCUGUCAGUCAUUUGUUAGGGAGCUGGAUUCAAAUGUGUGAUUCCGGAGAGACAGACUUCACCGCUCUAUGUCACACCAUUUUAUAUUUACAAUGUAUUGGAUUGAAACUGGACAUCAUAUAGUCAUGUGAAGGGGACUCCACCAUGCAAACAACAGAUACCUCAGAUAAAUGCAGCUUUGGGAUUUUCUUUUUUAGUCUUUUUUAAAUAAUUUUAUUAGAUUUUAUGGCUUUAUGUCUCCAAAAAGUAUUUCAGUAACAGUCCAGAGACAUCACAUUAAAGAUGCCUCAGUAUGUUCUCUGCUGGUAAUAUUUUAAAGGCAGUGUACACUGCUUUUUACCUGGAUGGGUCUGGUGGAAAAAAGUGACCUUAACGCCCACCAUGGUCCGGUCAGUGAGUCAGAGGUGGGAUUAGGAGAACAGAAGGGGAGUGUUCAGCUCUUUGAAGCAGAGAUGCUGAAAUAGGCAACGGUAACAAAACACACCAACAGGGAACAAUAGGCCUGCAUCAAACAGCACACAAAGACAGGGUGACAAAAGAAAUGCUGUGUUUUCCUCUCCCCCCACCCCCCACCCCCCACCCCCCUCUCUACUGGCUCAUGACUGUCUUUACCUCACACCUCUCUUUCCACCUCCACAUUUAUUCUUCGCUUCACUCUCAGCACACUUCCUGUCAACAGCAUCCGUUCACUGUAUACAGGGGUGCCAGACUUUCCAAGGCCUGUACCUGUUGUGAUAUUUAGGAUUGAAGAAUAGUGAUAUAAUCCUUUAAAACUCAUAUUUUUCUUAUUUGGGUAACAGAACAAUCAACAUACAUGGUGUAUAGCUUCAUACAUUUAAAUUCAAUUGUUAAUGUCGGCAAUGACAGCAACACUCCUGCAACUUCACAGCCCUCAGAGAGCUCAGAGUAACAGUAGGUGACAGCUUCAAAUUAAACUUGUAUGUAGCAGGAACACCUUUAAGCUUUAUUUUACACAUCAAUACAUUUCAUCAAUAUACAAGUCAUUUAGCAUAUUUUGAGUUCUUGAGGUAGGAAAAAUAUCAGAUUUGUUCUCCUGAUGACUUUUUAAGUAAAAUGAUUAAUCUGCCUCUUACAAGUUUGAAAAGUUCCAAUAAUGAAUAUCAGUCCUCAUUUUAGAAACAGCUUUGUCAUCAAUGUAAAGUGAAGAAAAUGGAAGAAAUAACAGCAGUGUACUUGUCAUUCAAACCUUUUGUCUUGUUUUUCACUUUGUUCAUGCAUUAAAAUCUCAGGCACAACAGCACUGCCUCCUCUGUGUUCAGUGACUGAACUCAUGAUUCACUCAGGACUUUUCUGCCACCUGUCGUCCAACAACGGCAGUGUUUCUAAAAAUGACUGGCUCAGACAGGGACAAUAAACCCUCCUCUGUUGUUACAUGUCCCUUCUUUGUAUACUCAAUUCUAUAAAUGCAGGAGUCAUAUGAAAUAAUCUGCAUGUGCACACUGUACAGGUCAGAGACAGCAGCAACGAUUCAGAAGUUUGCCACAGAGAUAUCCUUAUGAGGCUUAAAACUUUACCAUGAAAAUAUCAUUCAGAUUAAAUAUUUUCACACCACUGCUGCUGCCAGAUGGUGAUGGACUUCAGGAGGAAGACGCCUCAGACCACAGGGAUUGGAUAUGGAGAUGGUGGGAGUGUACAAAUACCUGAGUGAUCACCUCAACAACAAACUGAAGUGGUCUAACAACACAGACGUCCUGUACAAGAAGGGUCAAAGUCAUCUCCACUAACUGAGGAGACUGAAGUCCUUUGGAGUUUGCAGAAAAACCUUCUAUGACUCUGUGGUGACAUCUGUUAUAUUCUAUGCAGGCGUCGGGGAGGACGAAGAGGGCCAGCUCUGUCCUAGACUGCCCUCCUAGACUCUAUAAAGGAAGUAGGGGAGGGCUGCAUCCACCCCAGCCAGGCCUGGCUCACCAGUACCACCAGCCUUGCAGUAGAAGAUGUUUUUCCUGCUCCACCCUUGGGCCCUCAGCUGAUGAUGCUGACUCCAGUGACCUCAUAUGUGCCUUUUCCUGGUCGGUCAGUGUCAGCCUCUCCUCUCUGUUCCAGCUCCAAAACUGCUGCAAAACAUGUGCAAGACAUGUGGGCAGUUCAGGUUGAGGUGAAAGAGGGAGGGGGCUUAUCCCUG